UGAAUGAGAGAUUUGAACAGAGAGGGAGAGAGAGCGGGGAAGAAAAAGAAAAACACACAGCGCCUUGCUUGAGCCUCUUGACUUCGAUGUUGCCUGCUUGAGCCUCUUGGAAGGGGAGGAGGAUGUGGUGAUUGUGAGGGAGGACCGCUAAAACAGAAACACCCGCAUCUCGGUGCCAGAUGGACUUUCUAAAUCCGCAAGCCGCAGUUAUACCCAACUAAAAUGGAGGAUAGUUUUGAUUGUGACUGUGGCGAGCUUGAGCCACCUGAUCAUUGAGGGCGAAAAAUUACUUUGAAGACUUCAAGGCCAGACUCAUUUCAGUUUUAUAGAUCAGGUGACGUGAGGGGGAGAAAAAAAACAAAAAAACAACAAAAAACUAAGCAGACAGAUUUAAACAUUUAAAAUAUAAGAAGAAGAAAAAAAAGUGCAUUUAGGCACAUUUCAUAUGAAGCUGCUCAGGACCAGUCAUACACUGAAUGUAUCUGCACUGUGAGGAUGCAACUGCGUGCUUUUAUAGUUUAACAUAGUGUCAGUGCUUUUUAAUUGGCCUCAAAGUUCAUUCCAUUGCAGUCUAUAAACACUAGUUUACUGUUCAGUUAAAGAUAUCCACAGUGGAUUGGAGGGAAAUUCAACUUUUUAAAUUUCUCUCCUUUGUUCAAAAUGGAAAGAAAGUUUGACUGCACGUUAGUGCCCCGCAUCUGACAGUGAGGGCGAGACAGGGGGAUUCUGUAGUCAUCUGUACAGGGGUCAGUCAGCUCAGCCUCUGAAGCAGAGGGGGACUUAUCUGAUAAAAUCCUCUGCAGGCGUUAAAGUUGGGCCUGAAACAGGCAAGAGAACAAACGUUAGAAAUAGCAGAAGUUUGGUGUAAAAGCCUUAAAAAAAACGAAAUGGCGGAGAAGUUUGAGUCCCUGAUGAACAUCCAUGGGUUUGACCUGGGCUCUCGCUAUAUGGACUUGAAGCCUCUGGGCUACGGAGGGAACGGCCUGGUGUUCUCAGCAGUUGACACUGACUGUGACAAGCGUGUUGCUGUGAAGAAAAUCAUCUUGACCGACCCCCAGAGUGUUAAGCACGCACUGCGGGAAAUCAAGAUUAUCCGACGCCUGGACCAUGACAACAUUGUCAAGGUGUUUGAGACAUUGGGUCCCAGUGGUCGCAGACUAACGGAGGACGUGGUAUCCCUGACGGAGGUCAACUCGGUCUACAUUGUGCAAGAGUACAUGGAGACAGACUUGUGUCAGCUGCUGGAGAAGGGCCUUCUGUCUGAGGGCCAUGCCAGGCUCUUCAUGUACCAGCUCCUCAGGGGCCUUAAGUACAUCCACUCUGCCAAUGUGCUGCACCGCGACCUCAAGCCGGCCAACCUGUUCGUCAACACAGAAGACCUGGUUCUCAAGAUUGGGGACUUUGGCCUGGCCCGCAUCAUGGACCCCCACUACUCCCACAAGGGUCAUCUUUCUGAAGGUCUUGUCACAAAGUGGUACAGAUCUCCUCGCCUGCUGCUUUCUCCUAACAACUACACCAAAGCCAUCGACAUGUGGGCUGCUGGCUGCAUCUUUGCUGAGAUGCUCACAGGGAAGACUCUUUUUGCAGGAGCACACGAACUGGAGCAGAUGCAGCUGAUCUUGGAGUCCAUUCCCGUACUGCGAGAGGAAGACAGACAGGAACUCCACAGUGUCAUCCCCGUCUUUAUCCGCAACGACAUGUCCAAGCCUCACACACCACUGGCCAAGCUGCUGCCUGACGUCAGUCCACAGGCCCUGGAUUUCCUGGAGAAGAUCCUGACCUUUAACCCCAUGGAUCGUCUGACUGCGGAGGAGGCCCUGGCCCACCCCUAUAUGGCUGACUACUCCUUCCCCCUGGAUGAGCCUGUCUCUCUGCACCCCUUCCACAUUGAGGAUGAAGUAGAUGAUAUCCUGCUCAUGGACCAGAGCCACAGCCACACCUGGGACAGGUACCAUGAGAGCCAGCUCUCAGAGGCUGAUUGGCACCUGCACAGCACCCAUGACCCAGACGAAGUUCAGGUUGACCCAAGAGCACUCUCUGAUGUAACAGAUGAGGAGGAGGUCCAGGUGGAUCCUCGUAAAUAUGCUGAUGGAGAUCGGGAGAAGUUCCUGGACGAGCCGUCCUUCGACUAUUCAACUCUGUUCCCACCAGAGCGGUCCUGGCAGGAUGACCACCACGAGAACAAGUAUUGUGACUUGCAGUGUAGCCACACCUGUAACUACAAGGCCGUGUCACCCUCCUACCUGGACAACCUCAUCUGGCGGGACAGUGAAGUCAACCACUACUACGAGCCCAAGCUCAUCAUUGACCUCUCCAACUGGAAGGAGCAGCAGAGCAAGGAGAAGGCCGACCGCAAGGCCAAGAGCAAGUGUGAGAAGAACGGGCUUGUGAAGGCCCAGAUUGCACUGCAGGAAGCAGAGAAAACCCAGAGUCCGGUGGAGAAGGACAAGACGCAAGAGAAACACCAGACAGAGAAACCUCAGAGCCAGCAGAACCAAGGCUUUGACUUUGACUCCUUCAUCGCCAGCACCAUUAAACUGAGCCUGCAGCCAGAGCCCUGUCAGGAGGUGACCCUGCUCAGCGAGGUGGGCCUCCUGAAUGAGCUCAACUCUUCCGUCUCCCAACUUGAGGCUCCUCGCUCAAGCUCCAUGUCCAUGUCCAAGUCCAUAAGUCAGGAGAAAGAGGAGAAGUGCCUGGUAAACCUCGCCCAGUUAGGUGGAGGAGGGCUGGGAGUCAGCGGCGGGGACUGCGUCUGGCCUGCUCACCCCUGGGAAAGCUUCGGCUCUGGGGAGAGAGUCGGGGAGAAUGGCUGUUUGAUAGAUGAAGCAUGCUGGGACAUUCGCAAAGAGGACCACUUCCAGAAGGAGAGCACCUACACCAGCUACCUGGACCGCUUGUUCAGCCGGAAGGAAGAGGGGGUCGCAGAGACUGUGGCCAGUCCAGAGAUGGAGCCCUCAGUGGUGAGCGAGCUGGACGAGAGCUUCCUCGACAGUAACACAGAGAUUGUGCUUAAUAUGCAGCUGGACUCUCUGGCCCUGCCCGGCUUUGACAGCACUGAUGACUUGCCUCUAAAAUCCAUCCAGGCGUCCCUCACCCCCUGCGCUGUCAAAUGCUCCCCACAAAUUGCCCACAAAACAUACAGCAGCAUCUUCAAGCAUCUUAAUUAAAGAAAUAUAUAUAUAUAUCCUCCUCACAGUGCAAAAUUUAGACCGUUUUGUUUUUAUGUUUUUUUUUUAAUAAUAUGAUAUAUUAUUGUACUUGAAUCAUUUCAUACCUUUUUUAUUAUGGUUACUUUUAAUUAUAAGUUUUUUUGUAAGAGUUGAAAGGGGUGAUUUAUUUAAAGAGUUUUGGUCAUCACUCUGAGCCUUGAUCACCAGGCCUUCAUGGGUUAAUGUCUACGCCCUCAUUGCUAAACUGGCAUGUCACUCGCACACUUAAGUACUGUAGAUGAAAGGUGAGCAGGAGAGAAGUAGCUAGAAGAAAUCUGAACAGGAGGAAAGGAUUUAAAAAAGAGGAGAUUUUGGCUGUUUUUGGCUAUGAUAUGAGGAAGGAUGGUAGACGCUGACAUUGCUGUGGGCUUUUAAAGUGCUUUCAAAUAGCCUUUUCUUGGGAUGGGAG